AACAUCAUCAGUCGCAAUAACGGCUUAAUCAUUCCUCACCGUGGACGACCGACACCAACCUCAGCAUCUGAAACGCUUUAUUAGACACGAGAAAAAUAACACGCAUUAAGAAAACGACACUUUUUUUCUGGUGGUGGUGAUUUUUGGUGGAUUUUAAGUGUGAAGCGGUGAAGUCCACCCGGCGGCUCAACACCGUCCGUCACACCGCAGGACAAACUUCACCGGACACACUUCAGACGCACCAUGAAGUACAGCUACUGGAAUCUUUGAAUUGAGUGGAGGAAGUCAAGAGAAGAAAGCCUGGUUUGAAGAAAAAGCAAGCAAAAACAGAGGGACAAAAGUAUAAAGUUCAUUGGAGAAAGAGAGAGACGAAAAGACGGGGACAAUGGGGAGGAAAAAGAUUCAGAUCACACGGAUUAUGGAUGAGCGCAACAGACAGGUGACGUUUACAAAGAGAAAGUUUGGCCUGAUGAAGAAAGCCUAUGAGCUGAGCGUGUUGUGUGACUGUGAGAUUGCCCUCAUCAUCUUCAACAGUACCAACAAGCUGUUCCAGUAUGCCAGCACAGAUAUGGACAAAGUGUUGCUCAAAUACACUGAGUACAAUGAGCCACAUGAGAGCAGGACCAACUCCGACAUUGUGGAGACCCUGAGAAAGAAGGGUCUAAAUGGCUGUGACAGCCCAGACCCUGACGCAGACGACUCGGUGGGCCACAGCCCAGAGUCAGAGGAACAGAAGUACCGUAAAAUCAACGACGACAUUGAUCUGCACAUGAUCAGCAGACAGAGGAUAUGUGCUGUGCCCUCCUCCACCUACGAGAUGCCCAUCCCCAUGAAUAACCAGAUAUACCCAGGCAAUCAUAACCUGCUUCCACUGGCCCACCACGGCCUGCAGAGAAACAGCACGUCACCCGGGGUCACACACAGACCACCUAGUGCAGGUAAUUUAGGAAAUGGCUAUGGAAACCACCGUAACUCUCCAGGACUUCUGGUGUCCUCCGGAGGCAUGAACAAGAGCAUGCAGGCCAAGUCGCCUCCACCGGUGAACCUGGGGAUGAACAGCCGUAAACCUGACCUACGGGUCCUCAUCCCACCCGGGGCCAAGAACAACAUGCCCUCUAUUAAUCAGAGAAUAAACAACUCUCAGUCUGCGCAGUCACUGGCUACCCCCGUGGUUUCUGUAGCGACGCCCACUCUACCAGGACAGGGAAUGGGCGGCUACCCAUCAGCCAUUUCCACCUCAUAUGGUACUGAGUAUUCUCUGAGCAGUGCGGACCUGUCCUCUAUAUCUGGCUUUAACAGUGCCAACACUCUGCAUCUGGGCUCAAUGAGUGGAUGGCAGCAACAUCAGAUCCAGAACAUGCAGCACUCUGCUCUCAGUCAGCUGGGAAAUUGCUCUAGCACUCACUUAUGUCAGGGUUCAAAUCUCUCCCUGCCCUCUACUCAAAGCCUGCACAUCAAGUCCGAACCUGUUUCUCCUCCUAGAGAUCGAUCCAGCAGCACCACGCCUGCCGGCUACUGCCCGCUACCGUCCCACCAGCAGCAGCAGGGCUCGGGCCGCUCCCCAGCCGACAGCCUCAGCAGCUGCGGCAGCUCGCAUGAAGGCAGCGACCGCGACGACCACCGUCCCGACUUCCAUUCGCCGUUAGGAUUGGGCCGGCCCGGCCUGGAUGAGCAAGACAGCCCAUCCGUCAAGCGUGUCCGCCUCUCGGAGGGGUGGGCCACAUGAUAAACCAUGCCCCGCCUUGGACAGCCCCAACCUCGAUCUUGACCUCCCCAUGCGAAGCGGUUCAUGCGCUUUCUGCCGUUUAUGACUAGUCACAAUCAUUGCUCUCCCUUAUUCUCUGAUUUGCUGUAGAGAGGGGAGGAAGUGCUCUCAAAAUUACCUGUAAUUUUUAUUAUUAUUAUUAUUUUAUCAGAGUGUGUCUGAUAUACAUAUUGUUGUGAUUGACGGGUUUUCAGGGAGGGAGGAGGAAAGGAGGACUGAUACAACAGGGUUGGGGAGGGUUUAGUGGGCGGGGUUACUAUGCAUAACUUGUGCAGUGUGUGGAAUACAAUGUAAAGAAUUACCAUAUAUGCAUCUAUAUUUACACGUUGUGUAGGUGUACAUGUAUGCAGAGUAACAAACCAACAAAAAGUGUCAGGUACUCUUGGAUCUUCUUUAAAGUACAUGCCUCAGUGAUGUUCAGCCACAAGAGGAACACAGCAGAGAGCGUAUCGCAGAGGUGACAGCUUAGCACUUGAGUUGUCGUACCAGUACAAUAUGUACAGAUUCCUUUUUUUAGUGCCACUCUCUUCAGACGGCCCCUUCGCUAAAUGUAUGUUAUGGGUGACAAUGUCAUGUUGCAGGUUCAACGUAUUGUACAUAGAGGAAAGGCUGGGACACGGGGGAAGGGUCAAGGUUGCUGAUUUUAACACAAACCUAACUGUUAUGCAAGAAUUUCGAAGGAUUGUACAGAUAUAUGUGCAGGUUCCUUGGUUAAGUUAUGGGGGAGUGGGUAUUUCAGGAAAAAAACAACUGAAGGAUGGAGUGGCAUCGCAGAGAUGAAGGACUUUAAAUCAAGAGCCAUAUUACUUCAGUCUGAUGACAUUUUAAUCUAGGACUUGCAGUUGUUGUUCAGUAUUAAAAGAAGAAAAAGAGAAAAAAAAUGUAUGAUACACUUGCUUAUAUUUUCAUAUCAAAAAGGAAUACAAUGCAAAGCAUUUUUGUGGCUUUUUGUAGUUUAUAAGAGCCAGAAUGUGUUUUGAUAGCUUUGCUUAUAUGAGAAAUGAUAGUAAAAGGACAAGAAACCUUGGGCUUUUCAACCAUAAGCCAUGAAAUCUGAGACAGUGAACCCUUGCUUUGCUCAAUGUUUUUUUUUUCUCUCUCUC